AAGCCAGAGGAUGACUGCUGCUACGAGUCCUGUGUGUAGCCCCUCCUCCUCCAAAUCCACCCAAUCGUCAUCCUCCUCUGGUGCUUGCCCCGCCUCCUGCCACCGCCACCUGAAGAAAGGCCACGCCCUCCGCACCCGCCUGCCCCUGCGCUCUGCCCCCGGGGUGUGGCUCAUGCUGGGGGUCUGUGUGGUUCUGGUGGGCAUGUGUGUAGCCGUAGCGGGGUAUGUGUCCGCGCCCCCCAAACCCGCCGUGGGAGGGCGAGGCAGCACGCAUGUGGAGAGGAUGAAGCUAGCCGGGCCUAUCGUAAUGGGCAUCGGCUUGUUCAUUUUCAUCUGCGCGGCGACGUUGCUCUACGAAAACAGGGACAGGGAGGUGAAGCUGCAAGAAAAAUUUGACGAUCUCGAGGAUUUGAAAGGAGGGACGGGAUGGGAGGAUAGUUUUGGAGGUCAAGAUGGAGAGCAAGCAACUUGGGCAACUCCGGCGCAUUUACUUCCCCUCUCUCAAAAUAAAAGUGGCUCUCCUCCUCCUUCUCCUCUACCAACAGCACCACAAGUCCAAAGAAACAACCAACCAGUGACACCUCUUCUUCAACGGGACAGUAAAGACAAGGAGGACCUAGAGAGGGGAGCAGAAAAGGGACAGACACUUUUGGCUUGUGUUUUGUACCACCAGGAGCCCAGACCACAGACCCCUCCCUCUCCCUGCCCCUCGGUAACUCGGUCCUCUAUCUGCUCGGACUCGUAUAACUCUAUGGACGUCAACUAUAACACACGGACAGCAUCGCCUCUGCCAGCUGAACUCUGAACAACAAUAAUGUACACUGUAUUAUUCAAAUUAGAGGUGGGCGAUAUCACGAAAAAUGAUAUGUAUGCUUUAAGAAUUUAGUUGAAUUUUUUGCUCAAUUUGUGGCUUUUUGCAGCCUUUCAUAAGCAGAGGUGGGUGGUACUCAGUUAAACUUAUUUAAAUCACCAUAUUUUUACUCCUACUUCAAUAUUGUUUUACAGUGUAGAGCUCUUACUUGUGUAAACAUUUUGGUUACACUGUAGGGUUGCCAAAAGUAUAGAAAAUACUACUGAUCUAUACUAAAACUAGUAUCGAAACUAGGUACUCAUUUGAACUUGUGUCGAUACUAAAAAAGUCACAUUCACAGGACAGAAAUGAACGUUUUACGAAACAGCUUUAGGGUGAUCUUGAGCUGUAUCGGAACAAGUAUGAGACCACAUUAAUUAGUAUAUGCCCAUGGACCACUCAAAAACUUUAUGUUGACAAUAUGAACUGAUUUUAACAUUUCUGGAUUUUGCACUGCUUCUUCAGAUGAUGAUUUAGUUUUUCAUUUUUGUGGUCUGUUCUUUGAAAAUGCCAGAUCUGGUUGCAUGUAGUUUCUUGAAAAAAAUAUAUAUAUAUUUGAGUAAUUUGGUGGACCACUACUAGUUACUUCUACAUAAGCAUUAUUAUUUCAAAGUAUCUUCACUCUGACUUGAGGACAGUUUGGCUACUCUACCACCUCUCUUAAGACAUGACUUUACUUAAUAGCUAUUUUCUUCUUUUGAGAGUUUACGCUUGACUGUGAUUGGUUAAAUCCACCUGUCACUCACUCUUCUGACGAUGACAAAGGCUGACCAGUAGGAGGAAUGGGUGGAGAAAAGGGUCUGAGUUUGAGUAUAUAAGACUGAAUUAAACAGGAAAAGCACCAAAAUCACAAUAUACCUCUAUCUACCCAUCUCUAUAGACUGACAGACCGUCACAGGGUCAUAUCACAAUUGCAUUUGAACAGUGAUAACGCCCACCCCUAAUUCAAAUUCAUUUAAUUUAUUUUACAUGCAGAUUUGAAGAUGAAGCAUUCCUGAAUAAACAAAGUGUUGCUGGUGGUGCAAUCUGACUCAGUCUCUGCAGAAAUGGUGUUUUUGUCCCACAUUUUGCUCUGACUCAGCCGUAGAUCGAAGCGCGAUGCCUUUUGAUGUCAACUCACGAUUCGUCUUUUGGAACGCUCUCCGAAAAUCCCUUUAAGACAAUCCCCAUUUGGCCAUAU